AUGGACAUUGUUAGGGAUGAUAUGGAUGGACCUCUACGCAAUAGCUUGUUUCUCGUCUGCCGAUUGAUCCACCGCGAAGCGUUGGAUACUUACUCCACGAAUACCUUCCUUCUGGAUUUGUCCGAGCCUGCGUACGCCCCGAAUAGAUUUGUCAAUGGCACGAAAAGCUUACUGAAGUAUAUCCGCCGUGUCCAAAACCUGCAGCUGGUCGUUGGGGAUUCUUUCCCCGUGGAUGAGGAUCCUUACGCUCUUUCGGAGUACGCACGAGAGCAAGUCGACUGGUUCUUGACAACCUUGCGCGAGGCCAAUGAGAACCACCAAGGACCGUGGUUGAAGAACUUGGUCGUCCAGGACAAUUGCGAGCCAUCGAUUCUAACGGAAUUCACCAGAGAGGUGCUCGAAAAGGGAAAGAAGAGGAGAGAGCUUCUGAUCCUCGUUGCUUGUGCCUUUUAG